AUGACUGGCCGGGCGUCUCCAGGAAAAUGGCUAGGCAGUCGUCUCAAGCCCGUGACAGACUCGCUUGAAACAGUGGGCUUUGUGUCCAAGGGCGAUCGCAAGCUACUAGACCACAAAACCCAGCAGGACUAUUACGACAAGAUUGUGGCCCGAUAUAUUGAGUUUUGCGCCCGGCAUUCAAAGAACCUAGACUCCGCUUGGUUAUCCCUCCCCAGGAGCGCCUCUAACGAUGCAACGAAGAACCCCCCAGCCUCCGUUCCACAGUCGGCCAAAUCCGCUGCGUCACCCGGUCUUACAGCUGCCACAGAAUUGUCCACCCUCCUCCUGUCCCUUCGUAAGCUUCGCGAAGCUGUCCUGGCCACAGCCUCAACUGUUCCUAUCGCUUUCUCUCAGCGGGUCCAUGUGUUCUCCAUCAAAGUUUCCAUCCAGGCUCAGCACCCGCCGUCGUACUUUCCCUCCCUUCGCUACCUUCUCGACCAUCUUCAUACCCCUUCGAACCCACUCCCGGAAUCAGAAUUAAAAGAAUACUUCUCGUAUCUCAUACUGGAUUACGCGUGCCGGCAAGAGGAUUUGCUUACUGCCUUUGAGCUGCGCGCACGGGCUCGUAGGCAGUAUAAUUUCCAAUCGCAAGAAGUUGAUCAGGUUCUGCAAGCCAUUGCGCAUGACAACUGGAUAGUCUUUUGGCGAGUUCGGAAAGAAGUGGAUUCUCUAAUGCGUGCAGUGAUGAACUGGGCAGAGGAUCGAGUCCGGCGACGCGCUCUUAAAGCAGUGGGUCGGUCUUACCUCGGUGUUGACAUUGCUUGGGUCGUUCAGGGCUGCACAGGGGACCAGUCUUGGACAUGGGAAAAGCUGGUCGAGGUGGAGAAGCUAGGGUGGCAGAAAGAAGGCGACCGGAUCAUAAUCCGAAAGCCGAGAUCAAAGCCGAAGCCCGAAGGUCCUUUGACGCCAAUCCAGGAAACCUCAUGA